CACUUUAAACUUCCAAACUUCUCAAGUUGACACAAUGAACAAUAUCCUAGAGGUAAGGGGAAGUCUGCUACACCCCAGGCUGGAGAACUGCUGAGUUGCUUGGUUACGCUUCUAGAUCUCAAGUUUACACAAUGUAUCAACCAUUACAGGCUCCUUAGUUGAAGCUGUUGGCUUCCUGGGAGGCUGUCAGGGGGCCAACGGUUUAUAAUAAUUCUGUUAGUAAGAGCACGACUGAGUUAUCAAGAGAGCUGUCAUGUUUCUAAAGUUAUAUUAAUUUGAUUCUUGUCCAUCUGAAACUACAAACUACUGCAUUACAACUGAGACCACAGGUACACCUGUUUUUGUUUUUGUUUUUGCAUAACGAACCAAGACAUCCUACUUUGACGUCUGUCGGAAAUGACAUUUAGGUGCAAGCAUCCUUCCGUGUGUUUCAAGAAGCUGAGCUCUUGCAGCAGCUCGUCUGCCCAACGGGGGGCGGCAACAAACCAGUAACUCACUCCCAGAAGUGUAAGUGGGAGGAGAGAUUCGCCUUUACAUUCUUUUUGACUCUACACAGUUUCCGUAGCGCCUUAUCCCGCUCGAGUUUCAAUGCGCGCUGUUGCUGGAAGAAGCGGAGUCCCGUAUACCGUCCGCUGCUCUUCUGAUCAUGGCUUCUCCGGGUUCCUACACCUACUGUUGCCCUCCAUCCUCCUCCCCUGUCUGGCCAGAAUCGCUGUACAGUCUGAGGCCGGAGCACGCGCGGGAGCGCUUGCUGGACGACUCGGUGGAAACAGUCACGUCCAGAGAACAGGCCAAAGUAGAAGAAAAGAUCCAGGAAAUCUUCAACUCUUACAAGUUCAACCACCUUGUACCAAGGCUUAUUUUGCAGAGGGAGAAGCACUUCCAUUAUCUGAAAAGAGGCCUUCGACAGCUGACUGAUGCCUAUGAGUGUCUGGAUGCCAGCCGCCCGUGGCUGUGCUACUGGAUCCUGCACAGCCUGGAGCUCCUCGACGAACCUAUCCCCCAGACAGUGGCUGCAGAUGUGUGUCAGUUUCUGGAGCUAUGCCAGAGCCCAGACGGUGGCUUUGGAGGGGGACCCGGUCAGCACCCACACCUGGCACCCACGUACGCAGCCGUCAACGCACUGUGCAUCAUCGGCACAGAGGAGGCGUACGACAUCAUCAACAGGGAGAAGCUGCUCCAGUACCUGUACUCACUGAAGCAGCCCGAUGGCUCUUUCCUCAUGCAUGCUGGAGGUGAGGUGGACGCCAGAAGCGCGUACUGUGCUGCCUCGGUGGCCUCUCUCACGAACAUCAUCACUCCAGACCUCUUCGAGGGGACUGCUGAAUGGAUAGCCAGGUGUCAGAACUGGGAAGGCGGCAUUGGUGGGGUGCCGGGGAUGGAAGCACACGGCGGCUAUACAUUCUGCGGCCUGGCUGCUCUGGUGAUCCUCAAGAAGGAAUAUUACUUGAACUUGAAGAGUUUACUGCACUGGGUAACAAGCCGGCAGAUGCGAUUCGAAGGUGGAUUUCAGGGCCGCUGCAACAAGCUGGUGGACGGCUGCUACUCCUUCUGGCAGGCUGGGCUCCUGACGCUGCUGCACCGCGCCCUGCAUGCUCAAGGCGACCCUGCCCUCGGCAUGAGCCGCUGGAUGUUCCACCAGCAGGCCCUGCAGGAGUAUCUGCUCAUGUGCUGCCAGUGCCCCACCGGGGGCCUUCUGGACAAGCCUGGCAAGUCGCGUGACUUCUACCACACCUGCUACUGCCUGAGCGGCCUCUCCAUCGCCCAGCACUUUGGCAGCGGAGCCAUGUUGCACGACGUGGUGGUGGGUGUUCCCGAAAAUGCUCUGCAGCCCACGCACCCUGUGUACAACAUUGGGCCGGACAAGGUGAUCCAGGCCACCACGCACUUCCUGCAGAAGCCAGUCCCUGGCUUCGAAGAGCCUGAGGAUGAGGGGACAGCAGGGACUCCAAGCCACUAGAGGACCCAGGCUGGGCUCUGUGCUCCCCACCUCCCCACUCAGACAAGGUUUUAUGUUCAGUACAUAGUGCGUCCUUUGCUCCGUAAGCCUUAGCUAUUAUGGAGCUGUGGUUUUCUUCAUCCUCUCCUGUCAAAACAAAGCCAGUAGCUCUGGGUUUGGAGUAAAUCAUGGCGUGGUUUUUAAAGAUUGUCUUCAUCUCCAUCAAAGCAAAAGCCUGUCCACCUGCCUAUGCAGUGAGGUGGGGAGCAGUGCAUGCUGGGAGGAGGCAGCCUCUCCCAGCAGCCCUCCAGCCUGGAUGGCCACAAAGGAACAGACGGUGUCUGAGUGUCACAGCAUGCAAGGCCACUGCUGUGAUGCCCAUCUGCACAGCCGUGUUAAACCUCCAGGUGGCACCCUCUCCAGGCAUGGAAAACGGGCUGCUUCAUGCUGCGGUGUGGGGCUUUGGUGCCCAUAAAGUAUGUACCCUGGAAAAGACAGUGUUGGGGAUGCUUCAGAAGGUGCUUCUGCCUCCCACCUUCCACCCUAGUCAUUUGCAAGGGACAGGAGCUGGGGACAGAGGGACAAAUGUCUCAAGUUGAGAGUCACUCCCCUGCAGAGCUGGAGUCCUGAGCCAGGCAUCUCUCCAAAGCUGCGCGUGGGCACAGGCAAGACUGGCUUCGGCCCGGGUGUGGUGACAUAGGCCUGGGAAACCAUUAUGGACAGAAACGCAAUUCUGGCUCCGUGCUGUACUAGAGGAAGAGGCUCCUGAGCGCUCUGCCCAUCAUGUCCCUGAAGCAUCGCCCAGUGACCUUAGGGCAGCGGCUGCAGCCAGGGCUCUGCUGUGUGUUUCUUUCUUUCGCCAGCCCCCAGCCCAUCCUCUUCCAAGCAGCGUUGUCUUUCACACCUGGAGUAUUGACACUACUAAGUCUUUCACCUUAAUUUAUGACUCAGGAUUCAUUCUUGUCCUGCCCACUCUAGGCUCAGAGAUGUCAAAUCAAAUUCUAGACACGCCAGCUGCUGCUGGGCUGCGGCCUGGAUGGGGGCCCUGUUGGGGCCUCUGCUGCCUCUUGCACUGAGCCCUUGCAUGGUCAGCGGGGUGCUGAGCUGGGUCAUCAUCCAUUGCUGCGGCAAGCUCCAGGUCAUUGUCCCCACCUUCGUGCGUGCGCCAUGGACUGCAGGCAGACAGGAGCUCAGAGAUGCAGCAUGAGGCUCUUUUCAAAACAACUGGCCACUCGCUGCCUCAGAUUCCCUAUUGCUUUGGCGUACUGGGCUAUGUGUUACC